UAAUCAGUUGACUCUUCGAGGUGAGAUAAAAGUGCAAAAUGAUGAUAUCGAUUUUACUAUUUACAUUUUUGAGUGUAUUUCAUUUAGGAUCAUCCCUACAAUGUUACCAAUGCGACCUGGCGACUAACCCGGCCUGCACGGCGUCUCUAAAUUCCACUAAAGACAUUGCAGCCGUAGAAUGCGGAAAACUUCCUCAACAAGUUAGUGAAAAUGAUCGUUCCUUAACAAGAUUUUUGCCACCAAAUUUCGAUGGACACUUGUCAACCACCAGGGAAGGAGUCGGAUUUCAAUGCGCAAAAAUUGUUGCCACGAAUAACAUUCAAGGUGGUUAUAAUAUCACGAGAAUUCUUCGAACAUGCAUUGUCGAUUCCUUGAAUUGCGAGAAAAUUAAUGAAGACUUAAAACAAGAAGGAUUUUCUUCAAUGAUGUGCAGCACUUGCAACACAAAUUUAUGCAAUAGUUCGACUUCUUUAAGCAUCACAAUUUUAUUACCAUUUAUAUUAUUUUUAAUCACAAAAACCACGUCUUAGGGAAAUAAUUCGAGCUAUAUAUAAAUUUUACAAAGUCUUUCAAACGCUGAUUAGUGGAUAAACUUACAGCAUGGUAUUAAAAAUAACUUUAUUUAAGUGAAUUCAAAUACCAUUGAUUGAUUAAUUUAAAAUUAUCACUACUCGAUUUAGUAAAUCCAAAGUAAAGACCAUAACGACUCAUACUUUGUGUAUUUUUUAAAUACCAAUAUAAAAUUUCAUGUAUUAUUUGUUUCAAUUUAGCAUCAAUUAGAAUAGAAUCAAAAUAAAUAGUGAAUCUCAAUGUUUA